AUGCCCAUCUUGAUUGGCCGCAGGAUGGGGCGCUCGUACACCCUAGAUAGUGUCAGCCCGAGGAAACGUCGCCGCACUUUGUCCACGGAUAGCGAUGACGGCGAACCCAAGGUGAUCAAAUCCGUCAUCAAUGUGCCGUCUCGCAUAAAGCGGAAGGUCCAGGCGGAAAACAAGUCCGCCGAGGCUGCUCGGCCAAGCGACCCCGAGCCGGAGCCGACAUCCCGGGUCACAGCUCCCCUGGACGCUAACACCACAUUCGAGUCGCUUGGUCUUCGUCCUUGGCUCGUGCAAUCGCUGGCCAACAUGGCCAUCAAGCGACCAACCGCUAUCCAGCGGGAGAGCAUCCCGAUGCUGCUCAAGGGAAGGGACUGCAUCGGCGGCAGCAGGACGGGUUCGGGUAAGACGGUGGCCUUUGCGGUGCCCAUCCUUCAGAAAUGGGCCGAGAACCCGUCUGCCAUCUUUGCCGUCAUUCUGACCCCUACUCGCGAGCUUGCUCUGCAGAUCUACGAGCAAAUCAAGGCCAUCUCGGCGCCGCACUCCCUCAAGGCCAUCCUGGUCACGGGCGGCGCCGACAUGCGGUCGCAGGCCAUCGCCCUGGCCCAGCGGCCCCACGUCGUCAUUGCUACGCCCGGCCGCCUGGCCGACCACAUCCGCACCUCUGGCGAGGACACGAUAUGCGGGCUCCGCCGCGUCCGCUUCGUGGUCCUCGACGAAGCCGACCGGCUCCUCGCUGCCAACGGGCCGGGAAGCAUGCUCCCGGACGUGGAGGAAUGCCUCGGCGCGCUCCCGCCCCCCGCCGAGCGGCAAACCCUGCUCUUCACGGCGACCAUCACCCCGGAAGUCAUGGCGCUCAAAUCCAUGCCGCGCCCGCCCGGCCGCGAUCCCGUCUUCGUCUGCGAGGUCGACACGGAGAACCUCGCCAUCCCGCCCACGCUCAACCAGAUGCACCUCCAGGUCCCCGUCACCCAUCGCGAGCACUACCUGCACAUAUUCCUGCUCACGCCGGCCAACGUCGAGAAGUCGGUCAUCAUCUUUUGCAACCGCACCACGACGGCCGACUUCCUGCACCACCUCCUCCGGCUCCUCGACCACCGCGUGACGUCGCUGCACUCGAGGCUGCCCCAGCGCCAGCGCAUCGACAACCUGGCGCGCUUCCGCGCCUCGGCCGCGCGCAUCCUCGUGGCCACCGACGUGGCGGCCAGGGGUCUGGACAUCCCCGAGGUCAAGCUGGUCAUCAACUACGACAUCCCGCGCGAUCCGGACGAUUACAUCCACCGCGUCGGUCGUACGGCGCGUGCGGGCCGCAAGGGCGAUGCUGUCACCUUUGUCGGCCAGCGGGACGUCGAGCUGGUCCUGGCCAUCGAGAAGCGCGUGGGCCGGCAAAUGGAGGCGUGGCACGAGGAGGGCGUCAAUCUUGAGACGCGGGUUGUGAGGGAUGCGCUGAAGCUGGUGGGAGAGAAGAAGCGCGAGGCCCUCUUGGAACUUGAGGAGCAGCGGGAAGUUGGCGGCAAGAGAAAGAGAGGGAAGCAGAAGCUGAGGUUAAACUGAGCGGUUUGAGUGUCCUCCGCUAUCACUGCCAGGCAAUUGGGCGCUAAUAUAUAUAUUCUUUAUUGGG